AUGUCCGGCUACACCAACCCCCCACCCAUGGACGCCACCUCGCCCACCUCCGACGACGAGGAACCAACAGGCACGAGCUCCUCUGCGCGCUGGAACAUCGGUCCAGCGGCCACAAACGCAGACUGCACAAGCUUCUUCAACACCUGCUGCGGCGCAAUCUUUAUCUGCUGUGGAGAGUACUUGGCGAUCUUUACGGGGUGCUUUGAGUGCUGUGAGAGCUGCUGUGUGGAGUGUUUGAAGUGCGGGUGUAAUUCGUAG